GGAGAGAGAGAGAGAGGGAGAGGGAGAGGGAGGCAACAGCGCAGAUGAGCCCCAAUGAACAGAAACCGGGUCUUCUUUCAAACAAACACUCACACCACAGUCCACACAAAUGCCAGGACACUCAUGCACAUGCAAUCCAAUCAGCAGAGCACCAUCAGUCCGAGCUGCCUGCCGCCGCCGGUGGCAGCCCCUCACCGCUGCUUCUCCGCGACACAAAGCCGGCAGCCCGCUGGGAGAGGAGCCGCUCCUGCUGCCUUCAUAGCACAAAGGAGGGGAGGGAGGAGAGGGGAGAACCGGGGACUUCAUUAGGGAGGCGGUAGAUAAUUCAGCAGCAGAGGAGGGAAGGUGAGUGAACGCUUUCCAGUCCAGCUGCUGCUGCUGCUGAAGGAGGAGGAAGAGGAGGAGGAGGAGGAGGAAGCUGUACGUCUGGAGAGGCUGGAGGAGCAACAUAUUCCUGCACAAACCCAACCAGAGCAGAUAGCCAGCAGUGACCAGAGCAUCUCCAGGCUUAUAGAUGUGGAAGGAGCACUGUGCAAGUUGUUCUCCUGGGUGUCUGGCCCAGUGAUUUGACCCCAGACAGGUGACAGAGGAGAGGCAGAAAGGAGGGCCAUGGGGGUGAGCCUGGACCAGGAUGUAGGCUGGCUCCUGCCUUUCCUGUUCUUGUUGCUUAUGAUCACAGUGUCGCCCGCCCAAAGCCAAAGUUGUCCCCAGCGUUGCGAUUGCAUUGCCAAGCUCAAGACUGUGUCCUGUUUUGGCAAACGUCUAUCUGCACUGCCAGACGGAAUCCCAUCUGACACCAAGAUCCUGGACCUGAGUGGGAAUAAACUUCGCUGGGUCGAACACGGUGACCUGCUUCCAUUUCCGCGUCUUGAAAAGCUGGACCUGAGUGACAACAUGAUCAGCGUCCUGGAACCAAAUGCUUUUUCUAGUCUCCAAAACCUGCAGUCACUUUCGCUGAAGGGUAACCAGCUGAAACUCGUCCCCAUGGGGGCCUUCUCACGACUCUCCAACCUGACGUCACUGGACCUCAGUGGAAAUAAGAUUGUAAUUCUUUUAGACUUUACUUUCCAGGACUUGAAAAGUCUAAAGAACUUGGAGGUUGGAGACAAUGAUCUUGUUUAUAUUUCCAACAAGGCCUUUUUGGGUCUAGUGGGACUAAGGGAGUUGACCAUUGAGAGGUGCAACCUGACUUCAGUGUCCAGCCAGUCUUUGUCUUACCUGCAUAACCUGGCGACUCUGCGGCUCCGCUACCUCAGUAUCUCCGCCUUAGAGGACCAGAACUUCCGGAAAUUGGGGAACCUAAGGGGCCUUGAGAUUAAUAACUGGCCCUUUUUGGAGUACAUUUCCCCUCACAGCCUGCAGGGUCUCAACUUGUCUUGGUUGUCUAUUACGCACACCAACAUCACCUCCGUGCCCACCUCUGCCCUGCGCAGCCUGGCUCACCUCACCAGCCUCAACCUUUCCUACAACCCCAUCUCUGUGCUGGAGUCCUGGGCGCUGCGGGAUCUAAUCCGGCUGAAAGAGCUACAUCUAGUCAACACUAACCUGGUAGUGGUGCAGCCAUACGCACUUGGUGGUUUGAGACAAAUCCGCCUUCUUAACCUUUCCACUAACAGCCUGGUGACCCUGGAGGAGGGAGCCUUCCAGUCAGUCAACACUCUGGAGACACUUCGUUUGGAUGGAAACCCUCUGGCCUGUGACUGCCGCUUGCUCUGGAUCCUUCAGCGCAGGAAGACCCUCAAUUUUGAUGGCGCCUCCCCAGUGUGCAUGACACCUGUUGAGGUGCAGGGACGGGCUCUCAACGCGUUCUCCGACUCAGCUCUCUUUGACCACUUUACUUGCCAGAAGCCCAAAAUUCGCAACAGGAAACUGCAGCAGAUAUCUGCCCGUGAGGGGCAGGUGGUGUCGUUCAUUUGCAGAGCAGAAGGUGAGCCGACACCCAUAAUAUUCUGGAUUUCUCCUCAGCGCCGCCGCAUCACCACAAAGAGCAGUGGCCGCCUAACUGUGUUGCCAGAAGGCACGUUAGAAAUACGGUACGCCCAGGUAAUGGAUAGUGGAACUUACAUCUGCAUUGCUAGCAACGCUGGUGGGAAUGACACCUAUUUUGCCACACUUACAGUGAGUGGGCUGCCGCUGGAUGCAGCCCUCAUGGCCAACCGUACCUACUAUGCCGGGGAUCUUAAUGACACAAAUCUGAAUGAUACCAGAGUCUUCUUGAAGUUUACUCUGGACCUCAAGACCAUCCUCAUAUCUACAGCGAUGGGCUGUAUCAUGUUUCUGGGAGUGGUCCUGUUCUGUUUCAUUCUGCUGUUUGUGUGGAGUCGAGGCAGAGGGCAGCACAAAAACAAUUUCUCAGUAGAAUAUUCUUUCAGAAAAGUGGAUGGACCCGCAGCCAGUGGAGGACAAGGUGGAGCACGCAAGUUCAACAUGAAAAUGAUUUGAUUAUUCAGAAGUCUUUUCCUUUUUUAGUACUCUUUCCCCCAGUACUGUUUACAAGCAGUCACAAACUAAGACACAAAGGGACAUCAAGGACAGUAAAUUGGACUUUCAUGCUAUAAAAAACAUUCAGAUCAGUAAUUUGUAGGACAUUUUAUCCAGACACAGUUUUGCUAUUGAAAAACUAUUGUAUGUAUUUAAAAAAAAAAAAAAAUCCAAUCUGUGACACUUGGUAUAUUUCCACUGCUCUUUAUUGUGUGUUCACAUUGUUGUGCAGAGGAAAGCCGGAUUAUAGUCAAAUAUGUCUCCAAAUUUCCAAUAGACUGUUAAAAGACCAAGCAACAAAGCACUCAGAGUCCCACCAGUGUUUAACCUUUAGAAAGCUCUUGCCAACUCCAUUCUUCCCCCCUACAAGGAACUCUGUCCUCUUCAUCUUUAAAAGGACUUCACCUCUCUGCUCCAUCUCAGAUGAUUCAGGCUCCAAACCGAUGAAUACGUAAUAACAGGGUGGUGCUCAGUGAAUGCCAAGUACUUGCCAAUAUGUAUUCGAAUAGUUCCAGCUAUACACUGCAUAUUUAGACUCAUUUAUAGUCAGGACUUGAAAGUGCCGUUGUCACAUAAAUAUAUAAAGGCUCUGCUUGAAGGUGUUUUGCUGAUGAUUGAUUUGUAUAGAAUAGAUGACACCUAGACACUACACUCUGCAACACUGCCAAUAUGACCGUAAAGCACCAUCUAAUAUCACUGUCAGUCCAAUGGCGUGGUAGAGAGGAGCUGCUCCUCACCGGACCCAAUGCACAGUUGUGUGGUGACAAAUCAGUACAUGCAAAUGCACAUUUAGUUAGAUUUUCCAUUGUUGUUCAGUACUUCUGUACAAGAAUCCUACAUACUCAAAAAAACCUAUGUGAAAGUGAAUGCAUCUACAGAGUCGGCUUCUUCUUACUUUGAAUAACUUGUAGUAUUUGUAAAUUGAACAUUUGUCGGGGUGCGUUCAUCCCAAAACUUGUAUAGGUAGGAUAUAUACUGUAUAAGAUUGUAUUAUAUAUUUUGUAAUCACUGAAAUCCUUGUGGUUGUUUAUAGUAUUGUUGAGUAAUUAAUCAAAUUUUACUGUUCUACUGUAAUUAAACUGUUAAAGUCUCUUUUUUGAAAGCAGUCUAGUUAUAAACAGAGCUUUUACAGUCUCUGUAUCGUGUCAUCAUAUAGAUCUGGUACUCAAACAUGCCUCAGCUCUCACAACAAAUCACAAAGGACAUUUACAUCCGGUUUCAGUUCACUUAUUUUUGGGGUGUGCGAGUGACAGUGGGAAGGGUGAAGGAGUUAAGUGGUUUCUCAUCAGGAUCUCGAUGUGUUGGAGACAUGCAGGGAAAAUGCAAAUGUGAUGAAGACCUUGCACAGAGGUCAUAAUGAAACUGAACCGGUGAGGAGAAGGAGCUGAGAUAUUUUAGGAAAGACUCACUAAGUUUGAGAACAAAUGACUGCAUGCUAACUUUGAAAAACAGGAGAUAAGUGUAGAAUGUAGUAGAAAUAGAAGUGACUCUGAAGGUGAUUGCAAUAAGCGGCAUUAAGAUGUAAACAUUUAAUCUGGGAUGAGGGCAGUGAUAAAACAAGCAAACUGCUCUUAGCAUUCUAACUUUGAGGUGUAUCUCUUGAUUUGUGGGAUCAAACCUGGGAAUCAUUGCCAUCAUUUCAAAACCUACUGUAUUUCCAACAGUGUUACUCUGCUGCCCUCUGUUGGCUGUAAGUGGAACUGAAUUUCCACUAUUUGUAGAAGAAAACAUGGUGUUGACCUCAACUAGCCUGCAGACUUAAUACUAAUGAACAUUUUCAUUUCCCAAAAGACAAAUGUGAACAUUCAAAGAUGGCUGACCUGAAUCCAGCAGUGCUGGGAAUGUAAAUUAAUUCAGAAUUUGUAAUACAGCAAACCCUGCCUCUCUACUACUUAACUUUUGCAAGUUACAACGAAUGUUUAUAAAAAAAAUGCAAAUAGAAUACAGUGUCCCAUGUGGCCUCUUUUAGGGUUUACCCAGAUAUACACUGCACAUGAAAUUUUGCAAACAGAAUCACUGAAAAUGAACUGUGACUAUAUUCCUGUACCAACCUAGCAGCAGUUAAGCUUCCUCUUUGUAUUUUAAAUAUGUAAGAAAUUAAAUUGCAGCUGUAAUUUCUGUGUCCUUGAUUUCAUCCUGUAAAAAUGGAAACCAUUGUGUCUGGAAAUUGUGCAAGAAUGUUUUGUAUUGUGUUGUUUUAUAUGUAAAAAAAAAAAAAAAAAAAAAGCACACUGUUUAUAAAGCAUGUGAUAUUAUCUGCUAUGAUGAUGUCUUGUCCUCGAAUCCAUUUUUAUAGCAGUUAUCUGGUCUCUCAGUCUUUAUGGUGGCAGUCUGAGAAGUAUAUUAACCAUUGAGUCUACAAUAGACCUGUGACCCUCCCCACUGUGACAUUUCUGUUGCAAAUUUUGUGUUUUUAUUUAGGUCUGUUUCCUCAGAGGUUUGUCAUAUUUUAAAUUCAGAAGGAUGGGUAUGAUAUCUACACUGCACAUACUGCUUAGAUAAAAACAUCCAUGUCAUAACCCACUUUAGUUCAUGAUAAAAAGCAUGAUACACUGUAUGAGGACAGUUGUUAGUGUUCAUUUUCUAUGCAUUCAUCAAAAGUUACAAAAAUAAAUGAAAUUUUUGUGAGCAGACAAAAGCAGCUUUGCA